UUGAGGACAUCGACAGACCGACGAGUUUAAAUGUUGCAUUUAUUUGUUCGAAAUGAUUGAUGGAUUUUAAUUACGCUUCAACGUUUACGUCAGAAUCGAGCAAGAUGGCGAUAACAGCGAUAGUGAUUUGAAUCUCGAUUUGAUUGGCUUGGCCGUUUAUUUUUUCAAUAAAUACAUAUAACAAAUAUGUGCGUAUUUUAUUUAUCAAAGACAUAGCUCAUCGUAAAACAGCAACGCCUUCUAAAUUUAGUUCCGUUUCGUCCAUUCACAAAUUAAGAUGAAAUUCAUUGGUGGUGUUCUUAUCCUUGUGGCCUCCUCGUUGUUGGUGGCAUUCGUGGUGUGUGACGAGGCCAGAGGAUUUUUCAAAGAUUCAGACCAUCCUGGCAGAUGUGUACAUGAAGGAUUAUUUUUAUUACCCGGCGAACAGGGCAAGCCACGAGGACAGUGCAUGCUAUUCCUGUGCGACAACAAAAACGGUUUUGGCAGGAUUCAAGGUUGUCCCUACAAAGCCCCCAUGCCAAAUUGCUCUUUUGGCGAUUACAUCAACAUUGAAGCGCCCUACCCAGAGUGUUGUAACAAACAUCAGAUAUGUCCCUGAACAUUAUGUGUAGAGUGUGUACGUGUGUUUGUUUAGUUUAUAAAUUAUUGAAAUAUUUGUGUUUUAGUGAAAAUAAGUUUAAGAUUUAAAAAAAUUAAUAUAUGAACAAUAACUGUAGAAAAAAAGUAA